AUGACCGAAAUCAUUAAUUGUUACAGUAGUUUUCGAGGAGGUGAGCAAAGCGAUGAUCAGCUUUGCACUUAUAUAUUUUUCCGUCUGGUUAAGAUUGAAAAAGACGCUUCUAUACAAGUGGCUAGUGACAAUAUAGCUUUAGCAGUUGAAGGUAUAGAAUCAAUUGCUAAGAGAUAUGAUAUUAAACGACUAUCGAAGUAUAUAAGCUUUAUAAAUUUGAGAGCUUACAAUUUGCACGGAGAUCUUUACACAGAUGGAAAAAUCCUAAAAUCUGGCCAUCUUGCUCCGCUGUACCACUCAUCCAAAGAAAAUGCGGAGGAUCAAAAAUUGAAUGUUGAUUCCAUUGUGAAAUACUGGAUUUCGAAAGGUGCUCCGCCAAAGAAGUUAAUACUGAGAACUACUUUUAAGGCAAUGUCCUAUACUUUAGCUAAGACAAAGAAAGUUGAUAGAGACGCACCAUUUGUCGAUACUGUAAAAUAUAGGUCAACAACGACAAGCUACUCCUUUGCUUGCCCAAAUGAAAAAGAUCGUACAUGGAAAAAAAUCUACGAUAAAGAACAAGUCCCAUAUGUCUACGAAGGGAAGAAUGUGAUUAGCUAUGAAAACGUUGCCUCCAUCAAGAAAAAGGCUGAAUAUGUUAAAAGUAUGAAGCUUGCUGGUGUAUUCGUGGAUUGCUUGGAAUACGAUGAUAAUAGUGGAUUCUGUGGAAGAGGGAAAUACCCACUUCUGAAGACUGUGAAGCAAGUCCUCGGAAACAAAUGUUAA